GUGAAACCUUGCCACACCCCCUGCCAUUCGUGUAGAGGGAAGCGCUGCAGCGGGUGAGGAAAAAAAAGGGUCGUGAGGCAUUCCGCUAGUGACUUCGCUUUGCGUGGAGGAUGCGAGGCAAAAUUGAAGGAGCAAAAUACAAUUACUCUCUUGGAAAUCAUAGGUCACUCUCUUCUCCGCGCUAGUCUUCUCCGGCCUUGGUUUUUUCUCUUCUUCUCUGCGCUAGUCUUCUCCGGCCAUCAUCCUUCACCUGCAACCCUCAGGAGAUGGAAUGUAUUUUGGGACAGUCAAGUAUGGGGAAGUUUUCAGCUGGACGGAGGGAACAGUAUGACAAGGAGAGAGCAGUAUGACACCCCCUCAUGUGGUUGCUCUUACAGAUGCAGUACAACGCAUUGCAGCGGUUCGAGAAAGGUAGGCAGAGAAACGCAUUUUGGCGGAGCAAGCUCGUAUGUAUGCAGAUGAAGCUCGUGCUCGUGCGGACGAAGAUAGGCUGAUGAUGAUAGAUACAUCUACCAUCUCAGAUCUCAUUCGACGUUGAUACUUUGAAGAUAGGAUUGCAGAGGUUAUGAGGAAGAGGGGAUACAAUUAAUUUGAAUUCUACAUUUGUAAUCUCAAUUUUGUUUAGACAUUUGUGUUAUUGUGACUUUUAUUUGUUAAAGAAUUUUAUUCAUGCUGUACUGCUCAAGAAGGCUCCGGACCUGUGCACCACACGGAAUGUGAGGCUGUCUUUCCCUUCUUUGAUCGAACCUUAGACCUGUAUUUUCUCUGUGUUUUUCAUCCCAAUUCAAAAACCCAGUAAACACGUUUCAUCAACAGUGUAAGUGUGAAGGUCGCGAACAACUUAGCAAGCGGAACCGAUACACUUUCUUGAUCUGCUAAGGUGUGAAGCGAAUCGGGGUUUUCUCUGCCGGUGAGGUUCCUUCUCCGGCAGUGGAUCUACAAAACGGCGGUAAACAAGACGAUACAGCGAUAGAGAUCAUGGGGGACUCGAAAUUGAAAAUGAAUCCUCAAAUGGAGCAGCUUCAUGGAGAAAUUCGGGACAAUUUCCGAGCCCUAGCAAAUGGCUUUCAAAAGCUUGAUAAAAUUAAAGACUCCAAUAGACAAAGUAAACAGCUUGAAGAUCUGACUGAUAAGAUGAAGGAAUGUAAAAGGUUAAUCAAAGAGUUUGAUCGGGAAAUAAAAGAUGAUAAGGGUAAUAAUCCACCUGAUGUCAUCAAGCAACUUAAUGAUGACAAGCAAUCAAUGAUUAAAGAGCUUAACUCAUAUGUUGCCUUGAGGAAGACGUAUAUGAGUACUCUUGGAAAUAAAAAGCUCGAACUCUUUGACAUGGGAGCAGGUGCUAGUGAACCUACUGCAGAUGAGAAUGUAAAAAUGGCAUCAGAAAUGUCAAAUCAGGAGCUAAUCAAUCAUGGAAAGAACAGAAUGGAUGAAACUGACCAGGCCAUUGAACGUUCAAAACAGGUUGUUCACCAAACAAUUGAAAUAGGAACACAAACUGCUACAACCUUGAAAGGCCAAACCGAACAAAUGGGACGCAUUGUUAAUGAGCUCGACACAAUUCAUUUCUCCAUUAAAAAAGCAUCUCAGCUUGUGAAAGAGAUUGGCAGGCAGGUGGCUACUGAUAAAUGCAUCAUGUUUUUCCUUCUCCUCAUUGUCUGUGGUGUAAUUGCAAUAAUUGUUGUGAAGAUUGUGAAUCCUAACAACAAAGACAUACGGGACAUUCCGGGAUUGGCCCCGCCGGCUCCAGCUAGGCGGUUGUUGUUGUAUCUAAAGCCAGGUAGCGACUUCAGGUAAUUUUCUCGGGACGCAGAAUCCGGCGAACAUUUUAACUCUACAAACCAUUUGUGUAGCUGUUUGUUUAUUCAUUUGUAUUUGGUCCUUUUAUAACAUGAGUGUGCAUAUCGUAGUUUGUGUAAAUCUCACGUCACAGUUCUCAUUCAUCAACCUUUGGAAAAGGGCAUUUCGUAUUUGUUUCGGAUUGCAUCCUACGCUUUGUGGACUACACUUAGAAUGCAUAGAGUAUCUAUUUUGACACAUUGUAAAAUAAGUUAAAAUAUAAACUUUGACCGUAA